AACAACACAACCUUAUCAAAACUAAGAUUCAAAACCAUCCUAUAAACUCUUGUUCUUGCAACCUUUUCUCUACCUGCAACAAUACCAUAACAUCUUCUUCAGCAAACAAACCAUGGGAAACAAGCUAGGAAAGGAACCUGAGGUCGUGAAGGGUGUAGACUUAGAGAGAUACAUGGGUCGUUGGUACGAGAUUGCUUCUUUUCCUUCGUUUUUUCAACCCAAAAACAGUGAGAACACAAGAGCUACCUAUACUCUAAACAGUGAUGGAACUGUUCAUGUCCUCAACGAGACAUGGAAUAAUGGUAAAAGAAACUCCAUAGAAGGAAGUGCUUAUAAGGCUGACCCUAAUAGCGAUGAAGCCAAACUCAAGGUCAAGUUCUUUGUUCCUCCGUUCUUGCCAAUCAUUCCUGUCCUUGGAAAUUACUGGAUCUUGUACCUUGAUGAAGAUUAUCAAUAUGCUCUCAUUGGUGAACCUACCAGAAAAUAUCUUUGGAUAUUAUGCAGGCAAACUCAUUUGGAUGAAGAAAUCUACAAUCAACUUGUUGAGAAAGCUAAGGAAGAAGGGUAUGAUGAUGUGACCAGCAAAUUGCACAAGACUCCACAAAGUGAUCCUCCACCUGAGUAAGAAGAUUCUCAACACACUAGAGAAAUUUGGUGGAUAAAUUUGGGAGAUAAAUAAAUAAAUAAAUUUUAUCAUGUAUUAAAUAAAGAGUUCAAGAACUUUAAUAUUGAGUCAUUUAAAUUGUAAUGUUUUAUAUUGGUUUGUUGUGUAAAUAGACUAAUUUGAUGCUUAAA